AUGAAGACGAAUACUCGCUGGACGUUAUCGAUCGUAUUGUUUUAUUUGUUCUCGUUUGCCUUGGCACAAGAACAAGAACAAGAACAAGAAGUGGUCGUCGAAACUCAACAACAGAAAGUCGUCUACGAAAACGCUAUUGUUCCAGAUGGUACCUCCAUCACUAAAUUGACUUUGAGCAAUUUUGCGUCCUUCAUUAAAUCAAAUGAUUUGAUUCUAGGUGAAUUCACUGUUCCAUGGUGUGUGCAUUCCAAGAUCCUGUUACCAGAAUUAGUAAAAGCUGCAGAUGCCUUGGACCAAGAGAAAGGUAUUAAAGUCUUCCAAGUGGAUUGCUCCGUGGAUGGUCCACUAUGUGAUCAAGUCGGUAUCUCUUACUACCCUGCAUUAAAGGCCUUCAAGAAUCAUCGUCUAAUAAAAGAAAAUGAAUAUACUGGUAGAAGAACCUCUGAAGAUAUGUACGAUUUCAUGGUUAAUCAAGUUGCUAGUCCAGUGAAAAGGAUUAACUCUGAAGAACAAUUGAAUGGCCACUUUUUGAAUAAAGAUAAUAUGGAAUCCCCAGUGGUGGUUUACUACGGGAACGUCGAUGGUUUCGACUCAGUUUUCGAUAAAGCAGCUAACGAACUAUUCAAUUCCUUCACUUUUGUUGCUUACAAAGAUUGUAAUGAAACUAUGAACGGUAAUGUUACCCUUUAUUUACCACCUGUGGCUCCUGAAGAAUUGGAACAAAAUAAUCAUACUGUAAGACCAGACACUGAUAUUUUCAAUUUCGAAAAUGUUACAUCGUCCACCAAAGUAGAUGAUUUAAAGAGUUGGUUACUUUACUCUAGAUUGCCCUAUUUUGAUAACGCCAACAUUGAAAAUUAUCGUCUAUAUAUGGAGAGUAAAUUGCCAUUGGCUUAUUUCUUCUAUAUUGCUCCAAAGGAAUACAUGGAAAAUAAAGAAUUUUUCAGUGAACUUGGUAAGAAAUAUCGUGGUAAGAUGAAUUUCUUGGCAUUAAAUGCACUGAUUUUCCAUUCUCAUGUUCAAUUCCUAAAUAUGAAGGAACAAUUCCCAUUGUUUGCUAUUCAUGAUUUGAAAUAUAAUUUGAAAUAUGGUUUGCCACAAAUGUCUGAUGAAGAAUACAAGUCCCAAACUGAAAUAUUAAAACUUGAUCAAGGUGAUAUGGCUCAACUGAUUGAAGAUUUCAUGAAUGGUGAUGCUGUCCCUGUGGUCAAAUCUGAAGAUAUUCCAACUGAACAGCAUGGUAAUAUCACCAAGAUUGUUGGUCUGAACCACGACGAUAUGGUCCGUGAUCCAAAGAGAGACGUUGUCGUUAGAUAUUUUGCUUCAUGGUGUGCUCAGAGUAGAAAAUUUGAACCUAUUUAUAAUAAUAUUGCAGAUAUGUUUGCUGGUGAUGAAGAAACAAAGGACAAGAUUGUCUUCCUGGAUGUGGAUGCCUCUGCUAACGAUAUCUUGAGUUUCCCAGUCACCGGUUUCCCAACUGUUGUCAUCUACCCAGCAGGUUCCACCGAUGCUCCAAUCGUUCAUUCCAGUGUCGCUGCUAGAAAUAAUAUCCUAUUGUUUAUUAGAGAGAACGGUUUCUACCACUUGGAUGGGUUUGAACUAGUGAAAAAAUACCAUCUAGAUGAUGAAGAUGAAGAAGAAGCAGGUGAAAUUGCUCAGGAGAUCAACCCAUCUUCUGAAGAGACGAGCCAUGAUGAAUUAUAG